AUGCAGUGCACCCCUCAUAACGCAAUCUGGGAAUUCUACGUGCCUAGCAAGUGUUUUGCACUGCCAAAGGUAAUGCUUACGUCGGCGAGCGUUCAAGUUGCCACGGACAUUGUGAUGGUCCUGCUACCACAACGGAUCAUUUGGGGGCUGGAAAUGAAUUUGCAAAGAAAGAUUGGAAUCUCGAUCAUCUUCGGAGUUGGCAUCUUGGCAUCGAUCGCCGCUUGUUUCCAUCUCGACCAUACGAUCGCGUUCGCUCAAGCAGCAGACACAAUGUUCUUCAUCGGCCCCUUGUUAUUCUGGGCAUGUGCCGAGAUGACCUGCGGCUUCUUCAUCCUCAGCGUUCCCUGUUUGCCAAAGAUAAUCAGAGAAUCUGGCCUUCCCCGCAAGGUGAAGAGCGCGCUUGGUAUCAGCGUUAAGACAACAAAGCCGUCGGACCAGAAGUCAUCAGACUACGCAACUAGUUCCACACCGCAGCUAUCAAAGUCUGGACUCCACGCAGACAGCUAUUACAAGAUGCGGGAUGACGGGGUGUCUAUGACAAAUUUCGAUAGAUCAGAGUCGCAAGAGCAGCUCCAUGGGGGUCCUUGUGGGCAGGAUUCCACGCGAGAUGGGAAGCUUGGUGUACAGGUCACCCGCACAACUCAAAUCACGGUUACUUCGGGGUCAAGAUCCGGCAGCGACACGGACGGAAACAUGACCCCUUGGGCUAAAUGA